CGAGGGUCCUGGGGGGAAUCUGUUUUCUUGUCCGGAUGCUGAGGGCCAACCAGCACUUGCACAGGGACCUCAGGCUCCCGCCUCGCACUCUGUUUGUUUUGGAGCUGCAUCAAGCCAGGCAGGAUGGAUCGCUCUACUUGAACUCUAAAGAUGUCAGGCACACCCCCCGACCUUCCUCCCAGCCCCACAGCUCUGAUAAGUGAGUAGGCCUUGAGUUCAGAGACCCACAGACAUACUUGGAUGAUUUUACACAAAUCAGCGGGGCCAUCUCCUGGGCGAGCUCGGAGCAGCUCUGGAAGGGCCACCGGGCAGCGACGCAGGCAUGGCCAACAGAACCAACAUCUCUGCCCCGUACUACAGCUACGAAUACUACCUGGACUACUUGGACCUCAUGCCCGUGGAUGAGAAGAAGCUGAGAGCCAAUAAACAUUCGAUCGUCAUCGCCUUCUGGGUGAGCCUGGCAGCUUUCGUGGUUUUUCUCUUCCUCAUCCUUCUCUACAUGUCCUGGUCAGGCUCUCCACAGACAAGGAACGCCACUCAGCAGCCCCCAACAUGUCCCUGGAGUCUUGGCCUCAACCUCCCGCUCUGCAUCUGGAGGCAACCCAGCACCCCAGGGCCCCACCGAGCUCGGUCGAGGAACCAGACGCCGGAGCAUCCCGGCCUGUCCAGCGGCUACAACGAGAGAGCCCCUCAAUCUCAGCACCCCAGGGACCAUCCUGCUCUCCUCUGGGAACUAGCCCUUGGUGGGGACCCACAGGGCGCCAGCUGACGUCAGCAACACCCCCAGUGAGCCUCCCCUGCAGACAGAACCUCUCAAUGGGAGAACCAACACCCCAAACCCAGGUGCCCUCUGAAAGCCUGUUUACGCAGCAGGACGGGCAAGUGGGUCAAGAAUGACUCCACCAGGGGGCACGUGUAUGCAUUUAUCCUGGGCUGGCAGCCAGGCCCAGCCAACCGAGGGAAAUAGGCACAAAUACUGCUCCUUUUUAUUUAGUGCACUCACUGCUUAUGCUUGCGUUGAAGACAGAAAAAUAAAAUACAAAUGAAUGAA